UUAUCUCUCUUUCACCCACAAAAGAAAAGAGUAGUAUGGCUGGCUUUAAGAAAGUGUUGGCUACUAUUUUCCUUAUGCUGAUGCUGGUUUUUGCCACUGAGACUUUCUCCCACCUAACACUACCAUACUGUACAUACCUAACACUUCUAUAUAUAGACCUAUCUCUACUAAUGGUCUCUUCACUCUUAAUUUCCAAUAGUGAUCUUUAUUUUCUCCUAAUUAUCUCUCUUUCACCCACAAAAGAAAAGAGUAUGGCUGGCUUUAAGAAAGUGUUGGCAACUAUUUUCCUUAUGCUGAUGCUGAUUUUUGCCACUGAGAUGGCAGAGGCAAGGACUUGUGAGUCUCAAAGCCACAGGUUCAAAGGAACAUGCGUAAGGAAGAGCAAUUGUGCUGCUGUUUGUCAAACCGAGGGCUUUUCCGGUGGCCAUUGCCGUGGUGUUCGUCGUCGUUGCUUCUGCACCAGACCCUGCUAAUCAAUCAAUAAUAUUUCUUGCACAAGUUAAUUGAUCGGUUUCUGAUUUGAGUGUUUUUAUUAAGAAUAAUCAAUGUUGUCUUUUUUUGUUUUUGUUGUAGUUUGAUCUUUCAGUUGACGUGAAAAUAAGUAAGAAUCAAAAUGUACUCAGAAACUGAUCUUUCUGUUUCUGAAAUUUGAUGGUUUUGAUUGUGAGUGUCUUGUUAUUAGAAGAUUUUGUUGGAAAUGUUUGUCCAUUUAUUUACUCAA